CGUUAGUAUCAAUCCUCUUCUCUGUUUCACUUCUUCACCUUCUCUUCGUUCUUCCUUCGAUCUUCAAUUCUCAAUCGCGCUUCCAUUUCUGUGGAUUGAGAUGGCUGGAGGUGUUAUUCAGCAGUUAUUGAGGAGGAAACUCCAAUCUCAUUCUCCUACGUCAUCACUCCUUCAUGAUGGGUUGAUGAUGCUGGGUUCACUAUGGAUGCUGGGUUUGCAAAAGAGAAUCCUUUAUCUAUGUCAUCCAUUAUCACAAAGAAUGAUGGUUCUGGUUCUACGAGCAGCAAAUCCUUAAGAGCCCUUGCAUUAAUUGGAGCUGGUUUCUCAGGGUUGUUGGGUUUUGCAACAACAGCAUCAGCUGAUGAAGCUGAGCAUGGGCUUGCUUCUCCAAGCUAUCCGUGGCCUCACGAGGGCAUCCUCAGUUCAUAUGAUCAUGCUUCGAUUCGUCGUGGUCAUCAAGUUUAUACACAAGUCUGUGCUUCCUGUCAUUCUAUGUCUUUGAUAUCAUACCGUGAUUUGGUUGGAGUUGCUUAUACUGAACAAGAAGUAAAGGCAAUGGCUGCUGAAAUUGAGGUGGUUGAUGGCCCUAAUGACGAGGGUGAGAUGUUUACACGCCCUGGUAAACUCAGUGAUCGUUUUCCUCAGCCAUAUGCAAAUGAAGCAGCUGCUAGAUUUGCUAAUGGAGGGGCCUAUCCUCCAGAUCUAAGUCUUAUAACCAAAGCUCGUCACAAUGGUCAGAACUAUGUGUUUGCUCUUCUUACUGGUUAUCGUGACCCCCCUGCUGGUGUUGUGAUUAGAGAAGGACUGCACUAUAAUCCCUAUUUUCCUGGUGGAGCCAUUGCCAUGCCUAAAAUGCUUAAUGAUGGUGCUGUUGAAUAUGAAGAUGGUGUCCCUGCUUCAGAAUCUCAGAUGGGUAAAGAUGUUGUGUCAUUUUUGUCUUGGGCUGCAGAACCUGAGAUGGAAGAAAGAAAACUGAUGGGAUUUAAAUGGAUAUUUGUACUAUCAUUAGCAUUACUUCAAGCUGCCUAUUAUCGCCGCCUUCGGUGGUCUACUCUUAAGUCUCGCAAGUUGGUUCUCGAUGUUGUCAACUAGCUGCUUUCAAGCUACAUUUUUUCAUUUUAGUAAAGAUUAUUGUUUGCCAAUAACUAUGUUGGAUCUCAUCAUAUCAAAUUCGUUGAGAGGCUGACCGGAAGCAAGACGCAGUUUUGUUCGAGAUAGAAGAAAUAAAGGUGUUACAUGUAUUUGAGAUGUUACUUCAAUUUUUUUUCCUCCUUCUCUUUGCAUUCUCCAAAUUUUGAUUCAGCCUUGCGAUCUUUAAGGCAUAAUUUACUUGUAAUUGAUCAAAAUUAUUACAUCCCAGAAUUUUGAUUUCGAAAGUAAAUGUAGAAUUGCAGUUUUGGAAUUUAA